UCGUUAGCGAGUAUACUUAGACGCAUGUCGCACGUUAUCUCGCUGAGCUGUAGAUAAGUGAUUAGUCAUCGCUGGAUCGCUGGUGGCUAUGGUUUAGUCAUUGGCCGAACGCCCAGCUUUCGCCACGCGCUCUUCAUUUAUUGUUACUAUCGGAUCGUUUGGUGUUGCUCCCGUAAUUAUGACGAGAUUACGCGAGCUUCGCCAGGCUAGGGAGAGUCUGCCGCUACGCGGAAAUUUAGGAAGCAACGCUAGUUUAGACAGGUUUUCCGAGCGUAGUCUACACGGUUUAAAUUUGAAAGAACGAAGCUGCAGGAACAUGUGCAACGAUUGUAUGGCCAGAGUGCCGUAUGCAACUCUCAUUGCAACCAUUAUGUGCUGCGUGGGAGUUGGAAUCUUCUGUGGAACUAUGUAUAGAGGUGCACUGCUGUGUUCUCUCAUGAUGGAUCAGGUGUUUCAUUUGCGUCUUGGAUGGUUGGGAACAGUGCAGCUGGUGUUUGCAUCAAUUGGUGCUUGUAUGGCAGCUUUAGGAUUUAUGAUUUUGUGUGUCGGUUGUCUUGCAACUGGUGCUACAAGGCACAAAGUUUACCGUGCAUGGAGAUCCCGAGUGGGUGGACGUAUCUCCUGUGCUGUUUUUAUGACUAUCAUCUACAUCCUGCAAAUAGCUUGGCUUUUGAUAUUUGCAUUCCUGGUUAUUACCACACUAAUAUUCACCAUAUUUUGGAAUUUGUGCAGCAAUACGUGUCCAAUCUCUUGAGUCCAAUCUCUUGACGACUGCAUUGAUUUUACUCAAUUUGGCUUCAUGUUUCCAAACAACACACGAAUAGAGGAUAUGAAAGUAUGCGGACCCCAGGAAGUCAAGCUCUUUUGUAAGGAUUUCGUGGAAAAGGCCGAGGUGAUGUUCAUUUUGGCGACCGCGGGGAGCGUACUCGUGAUUCUAAGCUUGAUACACUAUCUAAUGUGCUUAUCCGCUAACUACGCACAUAUACGAGAUCACGAAAAGUUCCAAGAGUUGCAAGAGCUACAGUAUCUGCAGGACGCGACCGAUCCAGAUUCUCCUCAGCCGGGAAUGGGUACUCUUGGCUCUCAUCGCGGUAAAGACAGGUUCUAGGACACGGCCCGCGAGAUCUUCACUAUGAAUCCCCUGUAAGGAAGCCUAUCGUCCACACCUGUCCACGUGGAUCGUCCUUACACCCGAUUGGAUAUCUCUUCCGGAUAUCACUUCCUCUUCUCUAUGUACCUAAAUUCGGUAUUCUGCUCAUCGCGGUGUGUCUAGCGCCGUUACGGUAGUCUACUGAUUCGAGGAUCUUGCGGGAACCAACUCUAUGCCGUCCAUUUUUAUCUACGACUGUAAUCGUAUGUAAGCAUUUCUACUUCGUUUUAUAUAAAAAAAAGUGUUUAUUGAAGCACAUAAGAAUUUUGUCGUGAGAUUUUCAUCUUCAAUGUGAAUUGCUCGAUCCAAAUCGAGAUCAUUCGCGAAAUUUUUGUCUACAAGACGUAAGUUAUGCAUUUACGACAAUAUCAUUCCAUAAACUCGUACUCAUAAGUAUUUUUAUUUGAAAUGUAGUCAACGUGCAUAUUCAAAAUGCGCGAGAUUCCAACGCACAAAGAUUUUUCUUUACUCGGAAGUAUUGUUUUAUUUCACUUUUCAAUGUACGCACACGCGCAUACUGUAUUGCGCGCCAUAAUUAUAUGCGAGUGUUCACGACUCUUUAGAUUAUUUGCCGAUCUAAUCUUUCGGUAUUAGGGCUCUAAUUCUCGGACUAUGUACCAUGUACAAUAUCUUCAACUGAGAUAGAUUUUUUACAAAAGAGAUUUCUUUUAUAUACGUAUAUAUAUACAUAUAGUUUACAUGCUAGGCUAUCAAGCAUAUAUUUUCGUUACAUUAUGGACGUUUAAAGCACGCUGGGAAAAUAAUUAUAGAAUAGAAAAGAGAUAACUAUUAACUAGGAUAUAUAAAGAAAUCAAACGAACAACGAUCGCAUAUUUAUAUAUCACAAUUGUUAAAAUAUGAUUGUUAAUUGAAUUUUUAGUUGAAUAUUUUCCCGAUAUGCUUACUAAGAAAUAUUCAUGUGCAAUUAUAAGAGAAAAGCUCAUUUUUCACAUUAAGCAGCUUUCCGUGGAAAUUGAAUAUUGCAAACGUAAUAUUGUGCUUAUGAAAGAAUAAUAUCUGUAUAUUCGUAGAUGCUCUAUUACUUGCGUAUAUGUAUAGUAUCGACUUGUUGUGAAAAGAGCAAUAUAUUUUUCCGAAUAGUAAAAUUCUCCUAUCAAGUACUAGAAAAGGGAACGGAAGUUGUACAUUCUUCUAUGCACGUUACUUGUGCCAAAGUAGAAAAAAAAUGAAUUUUUACUCUAAACAAAAAUCUACAAUUUAUAUAAUACAUUGUGGCACAAAAAAAAUAUGCGUACAAUCACGAGCUUUGACUCACCACAUAUUAUCACUUGCUCAAAUGAUUUGACAAUGACCAUUGAUUUUCAUAUGUGCGAUUACCGGGUGAAAAACCUUGCGGGUCCCGCAACUUAAAUUAGAAAUACGAUCUUUUUUACCAAUAGUAAUUCUAGUUUAUUAUACACACCUUAGAUGAGUAAAAUUAUAUACAUAUCAAAUGACAAUUUGAAUUUUAUAUGCAGCUUUAAAAGGUUGUAUACAAUAGAGAAGGAUAAAACGGCACGCAGUGUAUAUUUUCUGUUUUUAAGGAGAGAAAUCUGAUUUAUUGCGCCGUGCCGCGUUCUCGUUCGAAAGUAAUUACGAUGUAUAUUCUAUUACAUUAAUGAAUAAAAAAAUAUUUCCCUCUUA